AUGUCAUCAGUUUCGUCUUCCAGAUCCCCAAUCACCCCUGCAACAUCCUGCCCGAAGGCGGCUGAUGCCACACCACUCGUGCAAAGAUCGCGCGGGAAGGAGAUUUUUGCGCGUGACCGGAUUCAUGAAAUUGAACGGGACCGCGAAAGGCGGGAGAAGGAGGAGGCGGCGAGAAGAGCACGGACUGAAGCGGCGGAACGCGGCAGGAUAGCUAGCCGCGAAUGGGCGGAGAGGCAAAAACUGAAAUUGAAAUUGGCCAGGAAGAGUCAGAGCGAUUUGCCACGAGGCGAGAUGGGCGGAUAG